UACCGACCCCUCACGUCCGCAUCCGGCGUGCCGAUUCCCCCUGCAGCCGUAAUUGGAAUCUCCGAGACGUCGCUGGAGCAUGAGCGCCCCCGCGUCGACAGCUCGGAUCCCAGAAGCAAUCUGUCAAUGGACAAAAAACGCGGGCAGUUACUAUUCAUCAGCGUCAAGGCACCAGAUGGGAGGUCUGAUUCGGAUUUGAGGAAGAGUGUGCGGUCGUGGGUGACGACGGCGCAGCACCAGCACAGACGGCAGCGCGACUCCCAAGAACACUCCGGCGUCACCGAAGGGCAAGACUGUUGCCCUCCUUCCACGUCAUCCUCGACCUCGGUGGUAGACUCGGUCACCGAAGACAUCGACUCUCCCGCAGAACUACUCAGUCCACGGGUAGACUCGCCACACGCGUCUUCGAAACAACGACGGCCCGGCGUUAGGCGGCAGACCCAGUCUCACGAUGGACGCAGCCCGCGAAAAGCCAACCGCGACAUCACCAAGCGGCGCAGACCUUCCCGAAGGGUGACGACGCCGCUACUUGAUAAUGCGUCGCCCUUUGCGAGCCCUUCGCCUCAGCCGACCUCCGUGUCACCAUGGCUGCCGCCUGCGUUGGAAGACCCCGCCGACCCGCUCGCCGUCUACGCUCGCCAGUUUGAAGUCAGCAGGUCGACGCUGUGGGAUCAUUACCUCUGGCAGGAAAAAGAGCACGGACGCUUGUUCCGGUCGAACUCGAAUCGCUUCGAAGGCUGGGCACCACUGUGCCUGCAUCCGCUGAUUCUGUCGAACCCCGCCAUGCUCACCACCUCCGUCCUCUUCACUGGCUGUCACCUACGCUACCUUCGACACCAGCAAGUCAUGGACCCCAUUGCGCAUCAUGUUCGCUCCCUGGCAUAUACCCACGUGCAAGCGGCGAUUGACCAUCCCGUGGAGCAGCGGAGCAAUGCAACGCUGCUCGCCGUCGUCAAGCUGGCCUUUUUCGAAAGACUGUUUGGAUACCAUGCAGCGUAUCGUAUACACAUGCAGGGCAUGGCGCAGAUGCUGCGUCUGCGCAACGAACUGAGGGAACAAGGGAGAGACGAGGGCAUGGAUAGCUACACCACACAUCUGGUGCGGUGGUUCGACGCCAAUCUGAGCGCGCUCGACGAUACUCCUCCAUGGCUGGCCGACGACCCAUCGAUAUCGGAUGGGGAGAGUGUGCCGACGCACGAACAGAUAUUCAGAUUAGGCGUCCGAGAUGCACAGCCGCAGCUGGACGAUAGAUAGUCAUUGCCUUGAUACCCACCCGCUCUUGUUAAUGUGUCAUCUCCUGUUUAACGGAACCUGACACCAUUCUUUCACGUCUUUGUGCCUCAUCAUUCUCCAGAUAGCGAUGGGCCCGAAGGACGGAAAAUGUCUGAGCAGCACGUAGCCUGGCCGACGCCUCUUGAUGACUAAGCCACCCAUCCGCGGCUGCCUCCUGGACUGAGGCAG